AAGGCUUGCUGGAAGGAUUGGCGGUGUAGGUUCCAGCUUCGAGCUGGGACUGAGGCUGUGGUGGACAUGGAGGUUGAAAGGUGCUUUGUGCCUUUUCUCAACCUCCUUCUUUCUCGUUUAUUGUCAAACUAAUGAACGAGAGAACUGCCAAUGCCUUCUUCUUUUUUUUCAGCUAGACACUUUUUUCACCUUUGUUAUUUUUCUUGCAUUCUUUGAAAUAAUAAAAGAGCUCUUCCAUCUGUUUCCCUUUACAAAUAUUUCCGUUUUUCAAUAGCGUGUAUCGCGCGAGCUUUUGUCGCUUUGAUGUAAUAGACGUUUGCGAUGGCAACUGAGGCAUAAGUGACCGCUAAGAGUCGUUGCUAUAAUAGUAUGGCCUGUUCUCGCUGUUGCUCAACACAAAGUACUUAUUAACGGCGUACUGAUGGGAUCGUAACUCCUGAUCCCCACAUGGACUCUGUGACCGAGUUGCCAUCGCUGGCUUCACUGAAAGACACUUUGCAAGUAAAUCGAAGCGAAGCCCUCCAAGCACGCAAUCUCGCGACAGCAGUUCAUGAAUCUACCUCAGCACUCGAUCGGCUACACAGAUAUUUAGAGCAGUUCCUGGCAGUCCGCGUCGAAGCAUACGCGCAACAGGGCAAAGUCACUAAGGUGUAUAGUGAUGCCCUAUUCUUUGUCGACAACUUCCCCGGCUAUUUGAGGACAUAUAAUAUCGCCACACACACAAUAUUCUACCUCUCCAAUGAAGCUUACCAUAUGCUUGAAAAGCGUAUGGACAUGAUGCUCACCGUGAUCCUAAACGAGCUCUCUUUUGGUGACAUCCUGCGGUGCAUGACUGUACCCAAAGCGUGUCGCCAAUGCAUUAUUGAUUGUCCUACAAUGGUCACGCUACAAAACUAA